CAACGCCGACGUUUAAGAUGUUGCCAAGAAGUAGAACCAUGCCAUCAAGAAUCCAACAUGGAGUUGUUGAAAACAGACAAGAUGUUGUGCAUUAUUUGCAAGUCGAAGCUCAAACUAACGUCAAUAACGAGACCCAAACCAUCAACAGUGAAGCUAACUAUUCUAAGAGCUUCGAUGACGAUGGUCGUUUAAAGCGUACUGGUACUUUUUGGACGGCAUCGUCGCAUAUUAUCACGGCGGUGAUCGGGUCUGGAGUCUUGUCGUUGGCAUGGGCUGUCGGGCAACUAGGGUGGGUUGCUGGACCGGUCAUUAUGAUCCUAUUUGCCUUGGUCAUUCUGUACACUUCUAAUUUGCUAUCGCAGUGUUACAGGUCUGGUGACCUUGUCACUGGACCAAGAAGCUAUACCUAUAUGGAGGCUGUCAAGGCUCAUUUAGGAGGGCGUAAGGUGCAAAUAUGUGGCAUGAUACAAUACAUCAAUUUAUUCGGGGUUGCAAUUGGUUACACAAUCGCAGCCUCAGUCAGCAUGAUGGCGAUUAAAAGAUCUAACUGUUUUCACAAAAGUCACGGCAAGGAUCCGUGUCGCAUGUCAAGCAACGGGUACAUGAUAACAUUUGGGAUCAUCGAAAUACUUUUCUCCCAAAUCCCUGAUUUCGACCAAGUGUGGUGGCUCUCCAUCGUUGCUGCUAUCAUGUCAUUCACUUACUCUUUUAUCGGCCUAGCCCUCGGGAUUGCGAAAACAACAGAAAAUAAGGAAAUGAAAGGGAGCUUGACCGGGAUAAGGAUUGGAACACUAACUCAUGCCGGAACUGUUACUACCAACCAAAAGUUAUGGAGGAGCUUUCAAGCAUUAGGAGCUAUUGCUUUUGCAUAUUCCUAUUCCAUUAUUCUUAUUGAAAUUCAGGAUACAAUUAAAACGCCUCCUGCAGAAUACAAGACGAUGAAAAAGGCGACCUAUUUAAGCAUUUUUGUCACGACGACGUUUUAUUUGCUUUGUGGUUGUAUGGGUUAUGCCGCGUUCGGAGAUGAAGCCCCAGGGAAUCUUCUAACCGGGUUCGGGUUUUACGACCCGUAUUGGUUACUUGACAUAGCCAAUAUCGCCAUUGUGGUACAUCUUGUUGGCGCUUAUCAGGUUUAUUGCCAACCAUUAUUUGCAUUCGUCGAGAAAUGGAGUGCAAAAAAAUGGUCCAAGAACGAUUUUGUAAUUGCGGAAUACGACCUCCCAAUUCCUGUGUACGGGGUUUUUCAAGUCAAUUUGUUCCGUAUCGUGUGGAGGACUAUUUUUGUGAUCAUUACCACGGUUAUAGCGAUGCUCUUGCCUUUCUUCAACGACGUGGUUGGAUUGCUAGGCGCGUUAGGGUUUUGGCCAUUGACAGUUUACUUCCCUAUUGAAAUGUACAUGGCUCAAAAGAAGAUCAAAAAGUGGUCGAGCCAAUGGGUCGGGUUACAGAUCCUUAGUUUUGGGUGCCUCUUGGUUUCCAUAGCCGCAGCAGUCGGAUCAAUUGCCGGAGUAGUUCUGGAUCUAAAAACUUACAAGCCAUUCAAGACUAGUUACUAAGCUGUUUGUAUUCCUAGCUACUAUCUGGCAGUGAUAUGUAUCUUUGCUCAAAUAUUAUAUGCAGAUUGCAUUGUCCCAA